GAUAGCGUCAGAGCCAUGUCUUCAUGAAGUGGCAGAUGGGGUAACGUUGCGGGACAAAUUUCGCAUCGCUAUAUAUACUUGAGAACUUCCAACACCCAGUCGGAUAUUCAGAAGUUCAUUACCACCAACAACUCAAGUCUUCAUCUCCUUCGCUUCAAUCGCUCUAAUCACCAAUAUACUCUCGCCCAAGUCUCUCGUUCUUAACGACUUUUUAAAAACUAUCACCAUGCUUGCCUCAGUCAUCACCGUCGUCGCGGCUCUUGCUGCCUCUGCUACUGCUCUCCCCAAGCAGGUGUACGCUUCUUGGCCCGCCACCAACUUCGACGAGGGCUGCUCUCCCGGUGGCUGCAUCGCCAGCUUCAACAUCUCCGCACCCGCGGACUACGUAAAGGGCGCCCCUGCCUUCAACGUCUCCUGCCACCCCAUCUACAUCCAACAAGGAUGGGUUGAAUGCGACGUCGUCGGCGAGAACCAGAACGGCGCCUUCGUCCGCUCAAUGUGGUCCGAAGCCACCGUGCGCGAGCAGAUCAAGAUCUCUGUUUCCCACGUCUGGAACCAGGGUGAGACUCGCUUCAACGCCAGUGGAUCAAUUGAGAUCCCGUCCACCAGCACUUCCUUCGGCGUGCCCGUCACCUCGCUCACCGCCGUCGCAUAGAGAAGUUUUAGGGAAUUAAGAAGCGGAGGUAUUAGAAAAGGGGUUAUCGGUUACAUUGAUUGGUAUAGAUGGGCUUCGAUUCAUUAUAGAGUAUUAUAUUAAUCAAUAAUUACCAUUUGUGGGAC